AUGGCGAAGCAAAGAAGAAACAGAGAAAGAGCUACAGAGCUUAUAACAGUCCUCGAUGGAAUGGUUCCAGCCAAGUAUCCCUACCGGGCAUUCUCCCUUCCCGCAUCGGGAGCAGAGCUAUCUCUGCAGAAACGAUCGAGGAACAUGACUCUCGAAGACGUGAUUGAUGCAGUCAGGGCUGCCGUUGGCAAGGAUUCUGAAAAGAGCAAGAAGAGGAACAGAGCGAGCGAGGGGAAGGUGUCUAUCCGGGAUGUGAUGAAUGCCUCUCGGGAGAUUUUUGCAGUCGCGGUUCUCCAAGAGGAUGGAGAGCGAGCCUUCAUUGGAUGUGGGGGAUGGAACGUAGACGAGAUCACCGGCGUGGGAACCUGUGAAACAAGCAACACAGCCUGUAACAGUAUUGCAAUAAGAGCCGAAGAUCUGGCAGUGCAGCUUGCGGCUCGGGAAAACAUGUCAGAGACGAUGAGCAGCAUGGGGAGUAUCGGACACUCAAGCCAGGGAAUGUACCCUGACUCUCGGAUGGGCAUGGGAAACAUGAUGCGAGGAGGAAUGCCCGGCAUGAUGCCUCACAUGAGUCAGUCGCUGCCCCAGAAACCCGCCAUGGGCAGCUCGUCGCUUCAGGCUGCGGAGAAAGCGUUUCUCGACGCCCUGCGAAGGUUGGAGUACGAGAGAAGUCAGGAAGCGGCGAGGAGUGAAUGUGGAUCAAUCAGCUACCAAGCAGACCAGCUCGGGUCCCUCCAGGGAGCUCGCAGCCAGUGCGGGUCCGUCCGCUUCUCCCUGGACACGCUAGAGCAGCAAAAGCCUGCCUCAGUGAACAUGGUCAAUCCAAUGCUGGCGCAGCAGCAGCAGGUGCAGAUGCAGCAGGGAUAUGCACCGAGCCCAGUACAGCAGCUUCCUGCCUCGAUGGUAGGAUGUGAACCGCUGGCUGGUCGAACCGCUGAGCUUGUGCAGCAGGGGAUGCAGGGAGGAGGCAUGAUGGGCAACUACAAUAUGGGAGGGUAUCCCAUGCCGGACAUGCAGCAGGAGCAGCAGUACAUGGGCAACGGGAUGGGAGCCGGAAGCAGCGCGUCGCCGAUGGGACCUCCCAUGGGCUUACCUUCGAGGAUGCAGGCGGGGGGCGCUGGGAUGAUGGCGGGGGGCGGGAUGGGACCGGAUGCCUCGGGCCCGGACAUGCAGGGAGGUCAGUACGGGAGCAUGAGCCAUGGAGGAAGAAACGAGAUGCAGAACGACUUCGGCGGGCAGAUGCAGGGAGGAAUGCCGCCGCCUGGGAAUGGGGAUGAGUGGUCCAGGCUGGAGGUUGAUGAGUUCAGACCGCAGUACAUGGGAGGCUCCAACAUGGGAAUGAUGGAAAUGCCUCCACCUGAGUUCGAAGUGAAGCCCCAGAUCAAUCGAACCCCCGAUGACAUGAAUCAGUUCAUGGUGCCAAACCAGAAAAUGCCCCAGCAGG